UCACUUGCCCAACUAUUUCGAGGCGUGCACCAGUGGCGAGCGAGGGGAGGUGAUCGGCUACGAGCGGGCGCUGCGGCUCCUCCUCGCGAUUUUUGAUUCCCUGAAGUACAACUACCGCGACUCGCUGGAGUGCAUUGUGUAUGUGCACCUGAUGGACAUUGUCCACUGGGCCAUGCACUGCACACACUCGAAGUUGUUUGAAGCCACUCAAUUCUAUUUGGAAGAAAUGACCAACUACAGUAGCUGUGCCAGCAGCGCUUCGACGGUCGUGGGGGAGGAUGUAGGUCCACUCGACGAAAAUGGAAAUGCUAGUACAUCAGAUGAAGCUCUUCGUCUCGCGAACGAAGAACGAGCUGCAGAAGCAGGGUUUUUAUCAGCAUGCGCUACCUCAGCUGAAGAUGUCGUAGAUGUUGAACUACAAAGGCACGAGAGUUUUGACAAGACGGGGGAUCAUCCCUCCUCGAGCAGUAGUACUGGGAUCGAGUUGCUCAUUCGGGUGGACAAGAUCCGCACCGAGCAGGUGUACGAGCGAAGGAAAGAGAAGAAGGGGGUGCCGAACAUGCACAUUCUUCUUCAGGACGUGGACUUCUCGCGCUGUUGCGAGUACUCGAGCAAACCCACCGCGGUGCUUGCGCCGCAGGUCUCGGCGCUUGAACAGGGCGGGUAUGACGAGGAUGGAGGCGGAAAUGUAAAUGAGAAAAGAAGCCCAACAACAACUUCUGAGGGCGGCGAAAUGGUGAGGGCGCCGGGAGGACCAGGUAGCGUGGUAACGAAACAGAAAAGCAUUACCGAAAGUGCGAAAUUAUCCGUUUCAGGUGCGGCUGGUGGAAACAACGGCAACAACAAGAUCGCGAAGCAGCUGUCCAUAUGGAUUGCAAAAGUAUCGUACUCGUAUAUUAAAUGCAUUACAUCAUGAGAAAUGAAAUUUGUAAUGCUGAUUUACCUCAAGAAGCAUAAUGCAUGAUUGCAAUACGAGUACGAUGCUUUUGCAUUGCAUAGUCCACGUGCCGCUUUCACCCGGCGCGGCGGCAGUUCGCAAACAACUUCGCCGCCUAUUUGCACAAAAUCAAGGACCUUUACGGCCUGCACGUGACUACUUCCUGCUACAACUUUUGGAAGCAGCAGACUUUUAUCAAAUGCAAAAAUGUCUGGGUCAGGAUCUGGAAGUAGAAUGCAAGUUUGUCAUGCUUGCCUGGCAUGACUCGACAAUCUGUGUUGCAUAGGCACGAAAAAGCCCUCUUGCCUGUCAUGGAAAAAUGCAGUUUGCCAUGCGGAGUACGUAAGACAUAGUAGCCAAAAAAUUUGUCAUGCAUAGCUGCGCACUGCAGUGCCUCUAUCAUUCACUUUUAGCACUACAAGUUUCCACUUCCAGACCCAGACAUUUUUGCAAUCCAUAACUUUCAAGAACGGCGGCGCGAAGGUGAUUCCGGCUUUUUCCUACGCGAGCCGGUAUCAUGAUCAAAAACGUCCCCACACCAGAAUCAAGAUGGGAAAUCUGCUAGACAAAUCACACAGCUUUGGUUGUUUGGCAUGACAAGUUUGUCCUCGUAGUGAGAUCCUGUUUCGCUAGCUCAGAAGCAUCACAGAUCUAGCACAGCAUGCUGAUCCUAGCAUCACAAAUCCCAAAACACGAAAAGCAAAUGCCUCUCAUAGGGCUCCGCAUGAGAAACCUUUUUGGCAUGCAGAAUUGCACGACAGCUCUGGAGUGGAGAUGUUUUCACACGGGAUAGCCGCACCUGCGUGUUCUUCUUCGACGAUAAUCUGGAAUUUUUUGAAGAGGAAGUUAUAGCCACGGGCGGGAACAAUGUUCAUCCUGGCAAUCGUAGCAGCAGUACUACUAAUGUAGGCACGUCGGCCGCAACUAGUACAGCAGCAGACGACAAGAACCUUCAAGGAGUAGAACAGGGCUUGAAAACAUCCAGUCAGAAGUCGGUGACCAAAACACCUACUUUGGGUAUUACCAAGAUCAAAUCCCGAAGAGCAGCAGCAGCGUCCUCAGCCCGGACCUCUGCAGGCGAGGGAGGAGAGAACAAUAUCAAUGCGUCGGGAAAUAUCGGAAAUUAUGCUGGCGGCGUCUACGACGCUUCCUGUAGUAGGUCCUCGCAACUCUUACCCGAGCCGCAGCUGAGUACGGAGUUUCUGCCCGGGAUUUUGAACUUGCGGGACGUGUCCGGGCGGUUUGUUGAUUUUUCGAUCGGGAAAAACGGGUUCGAGGAGGUUUCGAGCUGUGUGUAUGAGGACGGUUACAGUAGCACCAGUAGCAAAAUAAACCCGAUGAACAACGACGACCGCCCGGCGGGGGAUCAAGUAGCCGCAAACUCCGCGACAUCUUCAACGCGCGAGACCACGUGCUCGCCGAUCCUGUACAGUAAGGAGUACAAUGUGGUGCUGUGCAAGGUCUGCAUCUUGGAUGCCAUGACCGAUGACGAGUUUUUCACGCGCAUCAUCGAGCGGUUUUCGCGGCCCAAGGAACGCAUCAUGAUCUUCAUGGACGUCAACUCGACCAUCGUGUUCGGCGACCUGAUGAGCGGGAAAGACCCAGACUUCGUGCUGCUCUCCACGCUGUUUGAAGCGAUCAUUCUGCAUAUUGCGAGGAAAAAUCCCACCUCCCCAUAUUGAAAAGGACAUUUGUGAUGCUGGAUUUGCGUACACAAAUCGACUUGUAUUGCUAGAAGGCCAAGAGACGCAGUUUGUUGUGGCCUGAAUUGCAGGCAAUUUGUCAUGCUGUCUCGCACCACUCCCAGUUGCCUCCUGUCAUGCUGAAGAUGCAAGGCUUUGUUCCCACGCCAGCCAGCACUACAGUGUCUACAUCUUUUGCCUUCUAGCAUGACAACGCGAUAAUUUGUGGUAGCAAAUCACGCUACACAAGUCUCCGUUUUAGUAUGGAGAGGGGGGAUUUUUCAUUUUGAUACUGCAGCCCAAGGAAACGUUCGUGUUCGACUACGACCCAAACAAGAACUACGAAUCGAGUGGUUAUCGCGCUAAAAAAGUGUCACAGUUACACUUUGUGUUGCAUUCCAAGCAAGACAGACAAGCUCUGUCAUGCCGAAUAUGCAUAGCAGCCUCGUUUCAUAGGUGUUUUCCCGUAGGAUUUCUGCAUUGCAAGUUUUCUUCCUCAUGCGCAGAAAUUUGUGCUGCUGAAUUGACAACAGAUGUGUAACUGUAACACGUUUUUCUUUGCAUGCUGGUGGUGGUGUCAGUUCUUUUAGCGCCGGCACGGGAACUAGCACAGCGACUACUUCUUCUAGCGGAAGACGUAAGGACUAUCCCGCGGCAACACCAACCGCCGCGCCGAGCGGAGUUGCUGCAUCAUCAUCAACCACCAGUUCUUGCGAGUGCCAGAAGGGGAGGCAGAUAGCGCUGAAAAAGCUGGUGAAGAAUUUCCUAUUGCAAAACGACCGGGAAGCCUACAAAAAAUUUUGGAAACCGGAGAACUGCAAGAAGCUGCUGCAGUACUGUACAACUUGCUCAAGCGUUACAAUCUCAAACCACGUUACAAUAGAAUCUGGAAUUUGUGUUGCAUGAUGGUCAUGACAGACUCGCAUAGCGUUCCACCUUUUGCAAUACAAAUUUCGUCAGAUUGUAGUGGGGUUUGGGGCUCCGGAACGUGUCAUGCGCAAUCUUACGUGAGUUGGCUAGAUCAUGCACUCUUGCAUCAGAGAUUUCGACAUUCUAUUGUAACGUUUGAGACUGUAAUGUUUAAGCAGGUCAUAUACUGCUUGCUGAAGGGAAACAUCAAGAUUUACGGGAAAACCAUGACCAAAAUCGAGGAUUUUGACCUGCUCUACCACGAGUACGCACUGCUGCUGAAGCGAACGAAGGGCGGGAUAGUCCGGAGCUGGUUUGAGCUCUACCGGAAGUACCACGAAAACUCGCUGAUUAUGAUCAACACCUUCGGCGUGGACAGCCGGAAAGUCAUUCACGAAACGGUCACUGAGUCGGAGAGCGACGUGCAAAUGUUUUCCGUGAACUACGACCAGUGGUCGGACCGCGACAAGAAGAAAUUCCAGGAACAGUACACCCCGACCGUGGUGCCGCUGGGCCGAGGCAGCUCCGUGCGCGGCUCGGAAACGAGUACGACCGCAAUGACGAACAAAACCGGCCAGGCGGGCAAUUCUGCCAGGACCACCGCCGGUGGUUUGUUCGGGAAAACGAAAAGCGCGUUUAGCGAAUGCAAACAUUUCUGGGUCUGGGAGAUUGCGAUAUUUGAGAUGCUAGCCUGGCAUGAGUCUGAACUCUGUAUUGCGUGGCCGCAAUGAGCUCCUCUUACCUGUCAUGCAAAAACGCUGCUUCUCACGCGGAGUACGCAACUGAGAACCAUGGUGGAAAAAGUUGUCCUGCUUGGCAGCGCAUGAAACAGUGCGCUCCCUAUUCUCUGCCUUGCAUCACAAGUUCCCAGAGCCAGACAUAUCUGCAAUGCAUAGCGUUUAUCAAGGAGCAACUGAACAAUCAUGUGGACAUCGACAAGUCGCGGGAUAUCAAAACAUUAUUGGAGGAGCAAAAGGACGAGCUAGUGCAGAAGGGAGCGCCUUGUAUUUCUCCUAAUAUGCCGGGUGGAAAACUAGCGCAAAACGUGUUCUACAUGGAGAAGAAAGAGAACUUAAGAAGUUCGAACCGGUUCCGCGAACAUCAAGUUGAGGAAUCUUGUACAACUUCCAAGCGCAAAGAGGAGGAGUCGCCGGGGAUAAGAAUUUUAGACGGUAGCUUCUUGCAAUUUGUGCAACUGUCAACGAGAACGACAUCUGCAACUCGAAAGAACGACGAAACUAACAUUGAAGAUUCGGAAACGAAAGAACUUCAGCUGCGAUUCGACUACGGGAAGAUUUUACAAAACAAGCCCUUCAGAUUCCGCGACAAGGAGUUGAGAAAAGCCGAGAAGGAGGCGAAUGUUUCGCUCGUUCAGGCGUUCAAGGUCGUCUUUGGAGAACUAGGAUCUAGUACUGCGGAAGAAGUACCGGCGGAAAAGAUCAUAACGGGGAAAAACAAGAAGAACAAAAAAUCUCCAGCGAACGAAGAAGCAGCAAGCGAGUACAAAGAGGGCAGUACAUCAACAGGAGGCGCACACGACACUACUUAUUUCGACCGAGCAACGCUGAGUUCCAUUGUGAAGGACGCGGAGCUUGCGUUUCUGCAAGUAUCAGAUGCAAAUAUGUCUGGGUCUGGAAACUUGUGAUGCUGGGUGGCGUCUCAUGAUGAGGCUACAAAUGCUGGCUCAGCAUGACAAGUUUCUGAGCUCCUAGGUGUUGCCUAUUCUGCAUGACAAGCUGCGCUUCUGCAUCACAGAAAAACGGAGCUCUUGGGUAACGUGCAUGACAGAUUUAAGAGUCAUGCCAGACAAGCAUGACAAACAUGGAUUCUUCCAGACCCAGACACUUUUACAGUUGAUAGCAAGAUCAUUUGAACAAUCGCGGAAAUAUUGCCGAUAGUGGUGUUGGCGAUCAGAUGGAUCAUCAUGGCUUUGAAUCGUCCGGGUUAUAUCAAACAGGUCAUCCCACUUCAGCCCUUCCGCCCCUGCAUUUCCCUGCCGGUGUUUGUUCCAAGGUGUCCUUUAAAAGCAAAGCAGGGACAACAGCAGCACUUUCCGGGCGCGCGACGGCGGGUCCCGCUACUGAGAUGAUGAUGCCCUGCUACGACUACCUUGCGGCCGCAAAUUCAGCAAGCGAAGAGCUUCUCGUGCUACCGCAGCUUCUGCGGGACAUUUGCGGUGAAGCAGCCGCGUCUGGUUCUUGUGCACCUUCAUACAACUCGUGGUCGGGUGAAGAUAAGACGAACAGUGCCUCCGGCACCAAAGCAGCAGCUCGAGAAGACGAGCCGCAGCAGCUUUUUUUCCAGUUUUUGCAGAAAAUGCUGCAGAAAAAGAAGGAAACCGAACUGAAAACCCGUGUGACCGACCUGGAAGCAAAACUUGCGCAGAAAAAACAGGAGAAGGCCAUGCUAGCCGAGAUGGAAGAGUUUAUCCUGAGUAAAAACAUCCCCACCCCAGAGUCAACAUGGGGAUUUUGCAACACAAACCUAGAACUUUUGGAGGUCACGCAUCAGAAGUUGCGGUACGCAGUGUAG